AUGAACAUGAUUCCGAUGUGCGAACUCCCAAGCGCCUCCUCUCUAUCAAUAUCCCCUCAUUUGUUGUUGCUUGGACUACGAGUUGUUUGUGAUACUGGUACUGGUCAUUAUUUAUUGUAUGCACUGUUAGCAUCUCAUACAUAUCACCAUUCUGAACGUCCGGCUAAAGCCCGAGAGUUAUCAAAGAAUGAUGUUUUAGCGCAAAAUGAGGUGAAAGACAUCAUCCUACUGAUAAAGAUAACGUUCUACGUCAAAUCAUGUAAACUGUUCGCUACUAUCUUCGGAGGACGUGAAUGUACAUCAUUUGCAACCUUCUAUCGGUACCUGUGGUUAUAUUCUUCUCUUGCGAAGCAACUUCAGUUCUUGCUUAAGAAAGCAGUAUAUGAGUGCAAGCUCGAAGAAAAAGCUCGCCAACUUAUAAAAACGUCAUUACAAAUGAAAGCGGAGUAA